CCUCCGUUGCUCGUGACAUGGCGAGGAAAGGCAACGAAGAGGCUGUCUCCUCCUUCGACCCGACAGGCUGAAACCUACACGCAGGAAACUCCUUUUCAUUGCCGUCGAUCACAGGAUAAGCUCUUAGCAGACCGCCGUUUCGGUGUCCGAUUCGCCGGUGCCGUUGGAUCAUAGACCAGUCAACCGGGCCUCCCUUUUCCACCGUUCGUUUGCCUGCUCACGGAUAUGUCGUAUAGCCGGAGCUGUUGCUGCUGCUGCUGCUCGCCGGCGCUCCCUCUUACCCCGACCGUCGGAUUCCGACGCUCCGUUCAUUGAACGCCUGUGCGGAUCGUUGUGGAAAGGAGGAGAACGUAUCAUCUUUCUCGAUGAAUUCGUCGGACUUCGAGAAGAUGAGCUCGCAUUUCAGCUUCAACUCGCCUUCGGAUCCUCGAUCAAGAUUGUUUGCCAAGUCCCGAGUGUACAAGAGGAGGAGCAUUAACCGGCCUAAUCUGAAGCCGGACAUUCAGGCUGGUCCCGGAGCCAAUCCGUUCCUCCAGGCCGCGGCCUACCCGCCGGUUCGCGGCUCUUCUCUGCCCGUGGAGGGUGCUUUUAAUGCUGCUGAAGUAGGGUUCGGAUCGAAUGAUAUGAUUGGAGGCUUGAGGGAGGGAGUUACUGAUGAAAUGAGGAACCUGAAAAUUGGGGGCGACGACAAGCCUCGGGAUGCUGCUUCUAAGUUGAAUGCAAAGCCGAGUUUUGAAUCACAGGGUGGGAAUCGGGUGAGUUCCUUAUCUGCUGAUGACGACGUCAUGGCCUCGAAGCUGCCAGAAGACAUGAUUAGGAAGUUGAACAUUGAAGGUUUGGACAAGGGACCGGUAGACAAAAGCUACCCGAAUGUAAAGCCUAGUGCUAACAUGAAAGAGGGAACCAAGCUCGGCGGGGGAAUUAGUGGGAGAAAUUUGGAUUCCGAACUUCCCUACAAGCUGAAGGAGAAGCUGAACAUUACAGGCUCAGAGGAACUUGGUGGCAAAAAUGCAGAAACUUCAGCUGGUCCCCAUAGUUUAAAGACGGAUAAUGUGAACUUGACGAUGAAAAAUAAUCUGAGUUCUGCCCCUGGGGGAAGGAGCAACCGGAGUGGUCAAUGGAGUGGGGUGACGGACAAUGUACUGUCGGAUGAGGUGGAGAAGAAACUGAAUCUUGGAACCGAAUCAAAGUAUUCUUCUAGCAGUACUGAUCCGCCGCAAUUUGGUUUUGCUGCUGUACCAUCAUUUGCAUUUACGACCGGGGAUAAUGUACCGAAGAAGGAUGACACUAUCUUCAGCAGCAGGCCAACGGAUGCAGGGGCACCCUUUGUGGGAUUCACAACACCAGCCUCGAAAGUGAGCUUAGCUUCUGGCGUUGGGGUUGGGCAGAAAUUGGAAUUCACUGCGAAGAGGGAGACUGCCAACAGCUCGAAACUGAAGAAGAAGAAGGGCAAGUUGAGGCAGUCCACCCAUGCCCAUGCGCCGCUGCAGCCCCUCGUAAAAGAAUUUGUUACAGGUGGGAGCAGUUUUGUGGAAAAGCCGGAAGCUUCGGACUCUUAUUCCCCUAUGGAUGUGUCGCCAUAUCAAGAAAAGUUGGUGGAUGAUAGAUCCUCUAGAGAAGCUUCAGUAACGUCGAGCGAAUCUUUUGGUUUACAUAACGAGUCUGCCCCCACUAAUUCUCAGAUAACUGGUUUCAAUAAUCCGGUCGAUGAAUACCUUGUUGAUGCAACACAAUGUAUGGAAAUAAACAGCGAUGAGGACCACGGGGAGUUAAAUGAGGAGCCCCCUAUGAAGAAACCAUGUGAUCAAUCAGUACCAGCAGCGGAUACUGAAAGCUUUAAGACUGCACCUGAUGAGCUUGAUUCCACUGGGGACGAAGGCGUGACUUCAUCUGAGAAAACUGAAGCUAGUUGUAGUUCGAACUUUGAGAGAAAAGAUAGCGGGGGGAGGGUGCAAUAUGGUUUUGUUGCACAUCCGGAAGAAACAGUAGGAUCUAACUUCACCUUCAGUGCCUCCUCCUCUGCCUCCAAAGGACAAGUUUCAACUCUGAAACGCAAUACUAAGAAGAAAACUUCAAACAAAGCCGGUCACCCUUCAUAUAGCGUUGAAAUUCCUUAUGUGUCAUCAUCCUCUAUUUUGUCAUUUUCAACUGCUGCCACAUCCCCCCUUCUGUCCCCGCAGUUGGAGAGAAAAAGCCGUUCUCCAUCCCAACAUAGAGGGAAAGACUCUAGGAUGAAUGCAGGUGAGGACAUGAAGCCCGAGUCUCCAACUACUACUGCAGUAGCAGCAUCUAUUGCAGCUCAGGAAGCAUGUGAGAAAUGGCGACUAAGGGGAAAUCAGGCCUAUGCUAGUGGGGAAAUGUCCAAGGCAGAGGGUCAUUAUACACAAGGAAUAAAUUGCAUCCCAAGGGAUGAGAUGUCCAGAAGUUGUCUCAGGGCUGUGAUGCUAUGCUAUAGCAAUCGUGCUGCAACUCGAAUGUGUCUGGGAAGAAUGAGAGAUGCACUGGAAGAUUGUACGAGGGCCACUGAAAUCGAUCCAAACUUCUUCAGAGUACAAGUGAGAGCUGCAAAUUGUCACCUUGCCCUCGGUGAAAUUGAAGAUGCAUUGCAGUACUACAAGAAGUGUCUGAAAGCAGGCGUUGAUGUCUGUGCAGAUCGGAAGAUUGCUGUAGAGGCUUCUGAAGGCAUCCGAAAAGCACAGAGAGUUUCUGAAUGCAUCAAUCGUUCUCCUGAAUUAUUGAUGUCAAGAACAUCCCAAGAUGCAGAGAGGGCUUUGGAAGUUAUUGCCGAGGCCUUGACAAUAAGUACAUACUCAGAAAAAUUAAUUGAGAUGAAAGCACAUACACUUUUCAUGCAGUUGCAGAGGUACCGGGAAGUGAUUCAGCUGUGCGAGCAAACUCUUGAUUCUGCCGAAAAGAAUUCUCCUUCGGUCUAUCCAAAUGAAUCUCUUGCCGACUCAGAUGUCUCUGAGUUUUCAAAAGGGUUGCAAUUCAGGUUGUGGCGCUGCUCUUUGAUUCUGAAAUCAUAUUUUCAUAUGGGAAGGCUCGAGGAAGGUCUUGCUUCACUGGAGAAGCAAGGGCAGCAAUUUUCAAUUGCCAAUAGGAGCGGAAGCUCCAUUCUGGAGUCAUCGAUACCCCUACUCAAGACUGUACGCGAGCUCAUACGUCUGAAGGCUGCGGGAAAUGAAGCAUUUCAAGCAGGGAAGCAUGCAGAAGCUAUUGAGCAUUACACUUCUGCUUUGUCAUGCAAUGCAGAGUCUCGGCCUUUUGCAGCUAUUUGUUUUUGUAAUCGUGCUGCUGCCUAUAAAGCACUGGGCCAAAUCACUGACGCUAUUGCUGACUGCAGCCUUGCCAUAGCUCUUGAUGGGAACUAUCAAAAGGCAAUCUCUAGGCGAGCUACUUUGUAUGAAAUGAUAAGAGAUUCUGACCAAGCAGCUGCUGAUCUUCGGAGGCUCAUUUCAGUUCUUACAAAGCAAGCCGAGGAAAAGACUAGGCAGGGUGGAGGAUAUGAUAGAUCGCUUGGCUGCGUGAAUGACCUUAGACAAGCACGCAUUCAUCUUUCUGAAAUUGAAGAAGAAGCCAAGAAGGAUGUCCCCUUGGACCUAUACCUCAUUCUGGGAAUUGACUCAACGGUCUCAGUACUUGAAAUCAAGAAGGCAUAUCGUAAAUUAGCGCUGAGGUAUCAUCCUGACAAGGUAUUUCUCUCCUUUGCUAGUCUGCUGUGUACCCGAUAUCCUCAUGAUAUUUCUAACACAAUUCUGCUUUACUACCAGGCCUGUCAAUUUUUGGCUAAAGGUGACAAUGGAGAUGAAAAGCUUUGGAGGGGGGUUGCAGAAGAAGUUCACAAGGAUGUUGACAGGCUCUUUAAGAUGAUUGGAGAGGCAUAUGCUGUUCUCUCGGACUCAGUGAAACGAGCUAAAUAUGAUCUCGAAGAAGAUACAAGGAAUGCCAUGAAGAGACGCAAUGAAGCAAGUUCGUAUAGAAUGAGGCGCCAACAACAAGGGGUCUGGAGAUCUCAUACUAACUCAAGGCCUCGAGUCUCAGAGUCGGCUCGCUGGACUCGGCAUAAGUGACGACUGCAUUCUCCAGCCUCACCUACUCUUUUGAGACUCUCUGUUACAUUGGUUGGGCCCAACCCUGUCCAGGCAGCCUCAUCGAUCCAAUCAUGCUCAGUUUCGCAAUGGCCCAAUCGCCUCGCUUGUGUUUUUGUGGGAUUUCAGUGAUUGAUUGCUUUCUACAAGGACGGUGUUGCCUUACACAGAAAGAAAAAGGGAAGAGUUUAGCAUGGGCAGUGACAUUGCAAAAUGGAGAAAUGGAAGGGACGAACGACUAAUUUGAUGCGCACACUGCUAACCCUUGUUUAUUUACUGUAAAUGCCCAAGAAAGAGUUCAAUUACUUUCCAGAGAAAAAAGGCAUAUAGUUCGACUUUGCGGUACUUCCUGUCAUCACCCCCCAGAGCGAAGAUGCAGAAGAUUAUCACUUGCAAAGAUAGAGGGAGAAAAGAGAACGAAGAUUUAUUCCUUCCACUGUUGUGUGUUCUGUUUCGAUUAUAUCUUUGAACAGUCUUUAUUUGUUGAACAGUUGAAAAAAGGAAAAGCUUACAGAGAAAAUGGGUUGAUUGUACAGUCCGAUAGGUUUUCAUUUUUAUGGGUUUUGGGUUUGGUUUGUAUUUCGGUUUGGUGACAUCGAGGAGCUUGAGAAUUCGUAAUAUGUUUUCUUUUUCAUGACAAAUUUUUAAUCCGAGGAACAUGCACUUCUUUGUUGGUUUU